ACAUAAAAACUAACGAGCCAACUUCAAACAUUUGUUGCCAUCCUUUUCUAUAAACGUCAAAAUGGCAACCUCAGUGUCGAAGAAACGUAAGUUUGUAGGAGACGGUGUCUUCAAAGCUGAAUUGAACGAGUUCCUAACGAGAGAACUCGCCGAAGAUGGUUAUUCCGGCGUUGAGGUUAGGGUCACUCCAACCCGAACCGAAAUCAUCAUUAUGGCCACUCGUACUCAAAACGUUUUGGGUGAAAAAGGGCGUAGAAUACGCGAAUUAACCUCCGUCGUACAGAAAAGAUUCAAUUUCCUUGAACAUUCUGUGGAAUUGUAUGCGGAAAAGGUCGCAACGAGAGGACUUUGCGCCAUCGCGCAAGCAGAAUCAUUACGUUACAAAUUGAUUGGUGGUUUGGCUGUUCGUAGAGCUUGUUAUGGUGUUUUACGGUUUAUUAUGGAAUCUGGAGCUAAAGGUUGCGAAGUUGUUGUUAGCGGAAAACUCCGAGGACAAAGAGCAAAAUCGAUGAAAUUCGUCGAUGGCCUCAUGAUACAUUCUGGAGAUCCAUGUAAUGAUUAUGUGGAUACUGCAACUCGCCAUGUCCUCUUAAGACAAGGUGUUUUAGGAAUCAAGGUGAAAAUUAUGCUUCCAUGGGAUCCUAAUGGCAAAACUGGACCGAAAAGGCCGUUACCUGAUAACGUUUCCGUUGUUGAACCAAAAGAUGAGCCUUUACCUCUUAAUCCAUCGAGCGAUAUCAGACCGAUUAAACCCGAUCUGCCACCUCCAGCUGUUGCGGUCGCUUGAAUUUAAUUAUUAUUAUUUGACAUAAAUUGAAAUAAUAAAAAAAAUUGUAAUAAGU